AAAAAUAUGUUGUCUUUGUCCUCGUCGUCAUCUUCGUUGGAUGAUUUGUUUGAUAACUUGAUAUAGUCGAUCGUCUCCAUACGUAAUAGGCGAGAACAACAUCUUAACAACAUUGAAUCGAGCAAUACGCAAUGUAAACGAAGAAGAUAUAUCCAAAGACAGCAUGAAGAAGCCCACCGACGUCCUAUGCAUGAUUAUUUUGAAGAGAAUGCUCUCUUUGAAGGAUAUUAUUUCCUCCGAUGGUUCCGGAUGCAUAAGGUUUGUUUAUAUGUAUUGAAGAAGGUGAGAUUUAAGUGUAUGAGUAUAUACGGUAAUGCCCGGAUGCAAGAGGUACGUUAGGCUUUAAUCCAACUGAAAAGUGUACUGCUGUAUUUCGUAUGUUAGCAUAUGCCACCCCCUGAUGCACUAGGCGGGAGUUUUAGAUGUCUACACGUACCACCUGAGAAAGUCUUCACAAAUUUUGCAUAUCCGUCAUGUCUUUGUACGUUCCACGAUAUUUUCAUCAUCCUACUUCUAGUGAUAUAAAAAAGUUGUAUGUUAGUCAUGCUAAUGUGCAUGGUUUACCUGGGAUGUUCAAAAGUUUAGAUUGCAUGCAUUGGAGAUGAAAUUUUUUCCCAAAUGCAUAUCAUGGACAAUACACAAAGGGCAAUUAUCCUUACCCUACGGUCGUACUUGAAGCUGCAGCCUCACAGGAUUUGUGGUUCUGGAAUGCCUAUUUUGGUAGUCCCGGUUCGAUUAAUGAUGUUAAUAUUCUCAAUAUCUCAUUAAUAUUCAACAAGGUAUAUAAUGGUACUUCCCCAUAUUCACCAUUUGUACUCCGAGGAACUACAUACAAAUUUGGGUACUAUCUUGUGGAUGAGAUCUAUCCUAACUAUUCUGUUUUCGUUAAAAGAUUUCAUGUCCGGAUAACCCCUCAAAGGUCCAUAUUCAAGAGAGUAAAAAAAAGCGAGAAAAUAUAUCGACCGAGCAUUUGGAGCACUUAAAAAGCGUUGGCAGAUAGUUGCCAAAGCAUCUAUGUUUCCUGAUGUUUCUACUAUGUCAAAGGUGAUGUAUACGUGUAUCAUAUUGCAUAAUAUGAUACCAGAACAUGAAGGAAACGUGAUAUGUGUGUACGACGAGAAAAAAGUCAUCCCUGAGACACAACCACUUGAAUAUGGUGGUCAAGAAUGGAUACAUAGAAUGAGGAUAGUAAACAAGGCAGUAAUCCAUACCGAUCUUCGCCUCCAUUUGACUAAUCAUCUUUGGACGAUGCAUAAUCUUGAUCUAAAUAUGUCACCGGAAGACGAAUUGGAAGACCAGUUUUAUGAGAAAGACCCGUUGCUGUAG